AUGUCUUUGGAUUGGGGUACAUUCUUGUUCUGGUGUAAUAUAUUCUUGUACUGGGAUAAUCUUUUAGCUUGGUAUAACACGUUUUCUGCUUGGCGUAUUACAAGUUCAACACCAAAAGAAGAUACAGAGGGUAUUGUUGGACGUGAUCUAUUAGGAGAAGGAAUUGCUCAAAGUAUUUUUGAAGCAGUUCCUGUUCUUGAAGCAGUUCUAGAUCCUGAGGUACUUGCAAAUGAUGUCGUUCUUACAUUAAUUGCGUUUACUUUAGCAACUCCAUUAAGAUGCAGUGUAAAUACCACAUUCUUUCCAAAAUUCUCUCUCUCAUUAGUUUCAGCAUUAGCUUAUCCCUCUAGGACCACUUCUGCAUUAGCUACAGCUUCUUUAAAGGCCUUAGCUACAUUAUUAUGUUCAAGAAAAGCUUUAUGGAAAGUUUAUGAAAAGUUUUAUGAAAAGCAAAGAAGAAGUGAAGUAACGGACAAACUAAGAAGGGCUCUCUUUUAUGUGUCAUGA